AGGGAGAAUGGAUGUGUGUGUUCAUGAAAAGGAAGCCUUUCCAGACAGUGUCAGAUGACAUCAUCGUCUCUAAUAACUUCUGUGUGUGUGUAGGUGGGGGGCAGGGCUUCAGACCAUACAGCUCUACACUAUAAAAACAAAGAAACUCAUUCAGUCAUUCAGACACAAGCAGCAGCAGCAGUGAAGGGGGCGGAAGCUGAAACACGAGAGACCCACUACACUACAUUUGACGCAUUUCAACCAAAAGGAUGCUUUGCGUGUAUAUUUUCCUGUUGAUGACUCUGAGCAGAGUAGGGCUGAGCUCUCUGCAGGAUAAACAGACUGACUUUGGUCUGAAGGUCUUCUCGCAGCUGGCCCAAAGCUCUGUGGACAAGAAUGUGGCCUUGUCGCCAUAUGGUGUGGCCUCUGUCCUGGCCAUGGCUCAGCUCGGUGCUGCUGGCAACACCCGCAGGGCCUUAACUACUGUUAUGGGGUUUUCUCUGCAAGAGCGAGGGAUGUCUCGGCAGCAGCGGCUCCUGCAGCGGGACCUGUCCAAUGAGGAGGGGGUGGAGACAAUCAGUGGGGUGAUGGUGGAGAGGAAGAUGAGCCUGGAGAAGGGAUACCGCCGGGCCCUGGCCAAGGCCUUCCAGACCUACCCUCACCAGAUGGACUUCACCAAGCUAGACCAGGCAGUCAGCAUCGUCAACACAUGGGUCUCAGACCACACUGCAGGUGCCAUCCCUGAUUUCUUGGCACCUGGAUCUCUGACUGAUGAGACCCGCCUGGUCCUCCUUAAUGCCCUCCACUUCCAGGGCCUCUGGAAGGUUCCCUUUGACCCCAUACUGACACAGGAGAGGAUGUUCCACUGUGCCAAUGGCAGCACUGUGCCCGUGCACAUGAUGAGACUCACCAACCACUUCAACUAUGGCGAGUUUGUGACUGCCAACGGGGUGGACUAUGAUGUCAUUGAGGUCCCAUACGAGGGUGACUCACUGAGCAUGUUCCUGGUGUCACCCUUUGAGCCUGAAGUUCCACUGAGCAUGCUCAGUGUGGAUUUGAGCAGCCAGAGGAUUCAGCAGUGGAGAGUGGAGCUGAGGAAUAUCAAAAGACAGCUGGCCAUGCCCAGGUUUACUCUGAACUCUGAGGUGAAUUUGAAGACCACUCUGCUUAACAUGGGUCUGGGAGACAUGUUCAACCUGGCUACUGCUGAUUUCACACGCAUGACCACUGAUGAGAGGCUGUGUGUGUCGAAGGUUCUGCAGAGAGUGAAGAUUGAGGUGAAUGAGCAAGGAACUAAGGGAGCAGCAGCAACAGCUGCUGUCAUGUUUUCUCGUAUGGCAGUGGAGGAGAUUAUUCUGGACCGACCCUUCCUCUUCCUCGUCCAGCACAAACACACAGGUACGGUUCUGUUCAUGGGUCAGUUCAACCAGCCUCAACAUCAAUAACCCACUCUGAAGACCUGCCUUCAUUCCACAGUGUCUGACUACUGCUGCUCAUACUCCACAUGAUGACCAUAGACAUGAUGACCACCCCAGACUUACAGGAUUCAUAUGACUUCUAUUGACUCUACAGACUAAUUCACUGAAAGGUUAAUUUAUUAUGUGCUUAAUACAAGAAAACUGGGACAAAGUGACACACAGAUUUAACAUGACAGACUUUGGAAACAGGAUUGACUGAGAUAUUCUUUGAAAAGAGUUUAUAUGUUUUCUGUUAAUUUAUUUCUCUGAAUGUUUGCGGAUGACAAGACAGAAAGAAAUAUGAAGGAAAGUUAACUAAUUAAGUAGUUUACUGUUGUCUGAAGGCCGAUGCACUUCACAUAGAGAGAUGCCGCUGCAGACAGACUGAUGGCUGCAUGAGUACCAACUUUUUUUUAAAUUUUAUAUCUAUUUUUACAAUGUAAAUUGUAAUGUCUAUUUUUGUUAAUGCCUUGGUGUUGGUUACAAUUGUAUUUUUUAGUAUUUACUGUGUAUUUAUUAAAAUACUAUGUUUUUACAAGG